AUGGAUCUAGCCAACACGUUGAUCCGAAGUGUCGUGCGCGCCUUUUACGAAACCCGCCACAUCCUCGUGGUGGAUGCGCUCUUCAUCCAUUCAGUUCUCCAUGCAGAAGAUCUCGCCUUCCUCCUAGGGAUGCAGCAGAAAGACCUCCGGAAGCUAUGCGCCAAGCUGCGCGAGGACCGGCUAAUCGCAGUAAGCACGCGCGCCGAGAUCCGCGACGGAGCAACGCGCCCCGUCAACCGCGAAUACUACUACAUCCCACUGCACCCGGUCAUCGACGCGAUCAAGUACAAGGUCUCCCGGCUGACCUCGACGAUCAAGGCGCAAUACACGCCCAGCGAAGAGCGCAAGGAGUACAUCUGUCUGCGGUGUGGGUCGGAAUGGACGGAGCUGGACGUGCUCAGCCUCUACUCGGACGAAGGCUUUGAGUGCCAGAACUGCGGAGCGAUUCUGGAGCGUACGGAAGACGUCAAGGGCGCCGAGGGGAUCGACCGCACGGGACACGAAAAGAACAGCAAGCUGAUGGCGCAACUGGACUCCAUGCUUAAGCUGCUCAAGCAGAUCGACUCGGUCGAGAUUCCCCCGAACGACUUCGACACGGCCUGGGACCACAAGGUCGACGUCGUCCGUAACCAGGCCAUCCACCCGACCCGCGCUGCGGUCGUUGUGCCGAGCAAGCAGCAGGAGGCCGUGCGCGGCAACCUCAAGACCGAUUCGGCCGCGUUGGAGAUCUCUCUCACCUCGUCGGAGGAGAAGAGCGCCGCGGAACAGGCCGAAGAGGCCGCCCGCAAGGCGGCGGUGGAGAAGCAGAACGCACUGCCUGUGUGGCAUACGCAUUCGACUGUUUCCACCACGGCUGGUAAUGUCGGCGUGAAGACCGAAGCAGGUGUCGACAUCAAGCCGGAGAUCAAGGGAGAAGAAGACCAGAAGCCCACGUUGGACGCUCUGGACGACAAAGUCGCUGCGUACUAUGCCGAGAUGGAGCGAGAAAGGGCCCUACAGGCGCAGGAGGACGCAAGUAGUGCUGAUGAGGAUGAUUCCGACGAGUUCGACGAGGAGUUUGAGGAUGUGGGGGGCGUGUCUGCGAGCGACACUGCAUCUCCAGCCGUCACUGGCGGAGCUCCUGCCCAUGCGCCUACAUCAGCACCGUCAACUGGUAUCAAGCGGGAACUGGAUACAGACUCAGGUACCAGUGCACCUCAAACGGCAGCGGCUACGCCAUCUAAUGGGACGGACGAGCCCGCGGCGAAGAAGAUCAAAACAGAACCCGAAGUGAAGAAAGAGGAGUCUGAUGAGGACGACGAAGAGUUUGAAGAUGUCUGA